CCUCAACCCCCUUUUGACGUGCGGUUUGUCGCUCGACACAUGCUCGCGACAGCGUCGUCCAGCCUCAAACCGCGUCCCUCCCUCAAGCGAGCGAGCUACCGGGCGAAAGACAACCCCCCGACGCAGACGGUGAGCGAGCGACGGCUCGGGCGAUGCCACUCGGGCGUCUUGGCCAGGCUGGCAACGGCGGCGCGCCCCAGGGCCAAGGCGGCACUUGAGACGGGUCUUGGCUUUGUCUUGCCUGCCUGCCCGCCUGCCUGCCUGCCUGCCAUCGCGGGGACCCCUCAGUAGCCCAACCGGCGGGAACACUACCGACGACGACACAGCGGCAGCGACGAGGGUGGCGGAUCGAGGACUCUGACCUGCAUACGUGCACCCAUACCCGUGUGCCUAUCGAGCCGACGGGUCGGCCCAACCAUGACACGCCACGAGCAGCACGAGAAGCAGCAGCAACUUGCCAGCGGCGGCAGAACGAACCGCGAGAGCUACCCGCCGCCGCUCUUCGUCGCCGAGCUCGACGCCGCGCCAAUGCACGGCACCGUCCCGACGCCCGACGGCGGCCUCGCCUUUGAGAUGCCGGGCGACUCGGCGACUCGGCGGAAGCAGGGCCUCACCCCCGAGCCGAUCAAAAGACCGCCGCCGGCCGACGUGGAUUCGGCCUCGGUGCAAGCGAACCCGUGGCCAUUUUAUCUCGAGGAAACUCCCGCGACCGCGGCGGCGCACAAGUCGGAACACAAGAAUGACGACAAGGAGGCGGAAGGGUCCGCGGCGCGGGAGCCCGCAAAUCCGUGGCCGUAUCAUGGCCCGUCAGGGGAGGGCGAUGAUGCACCCCGGGCGACAGUGUACCCGCAGGCGCUGACGCCUGGUCCGCGAGAGGCAGGCGAUGGUGAUGCCGAUGCUGGAGACGAGGGGCAGCACGUGGCGGCUGGCGAGGCUGAUGGCGUGGCAUAUCCGGCGCCGUUGAGGAUAUCGCGCCCGCAGGCGAUGUCGCCCAAGUCGCCGACGGUGUACCAGCCCUACUCGCCGCCCCCUGAGCGCGAAAAUGACGGCCCGGAUGCGAAUGUGCGUCCACCUGCGGCGUCCAAGGAUGGGACGACAACGACACUCGCAUACCGGCCGUAUCAGCCGUCAGAGUCUCCGCCGCCGCCCCAGGGCGACCCUGGCCAACGCCCCCCGGCGCCCAUGGGCGCGGCCCCGCAUCACUUCUAUAUCUCACCGGAGACGAAGCCCGGAUCGACGCCGUCUAGCCCCCGACCGCCCCAAUCCACGACUCCUAUCGCAGAACCAACCGUAGGAGCAGCAGCAGUCCAGGCCACGCAAAGCCAGGGCAAAACGGUUGAACCGCCUAUGUACUCGCCUCAGCCACAGACGUCGAGUCCGCCUGCGCCGGCCAAUGUGUCCUUGGCUGCUGUGCCGUCAGCCACAUCGACAUCGCUGUCGCCGGGUGCGGUCCAGAGCCAACAGGGGCCGGCGAUGGGAUCAGCUCUGCGACCGGCCUCUGCCUCGCCUCGCCCCCCGAGCGCGAGUAUCCCGCCCAGCUCCGCCGCCUCCUCUACUUGGGCCUCUGCACCGCACUCUCCCCUCAACCCCCCAUGGCCGGCGGUAGGUUCAGCGCCGCAGCAACCCAUCUACGCCCCCCAGCCGUAUUCCCACGACGCCCACGCCGCUCUCGCCUCUCCCGUGCCUGGCAUGACACCCAUCUCUCCCUUGCCGCAAGGUUAUCCUCCUCAUCCGAUGCACUCGCCGUCCCCUGUCAACUCGACGUACAGCAUCCCGCAGCAGACAUACACUCCCACCACGUCCCCGCCGCUACCCUCACCACAUCAGACUCAAGUCCCGGCAACUGCCGAACCACAACCGCAGAGACCGCCCUUCCAUCAGGCCAUGCCCGACCCAAGCAUGCCUCAGCAGCACACCCCGCAGUCCCCUCCGCCGCCGUAUCCGUACGGAUCACCUGGUCCCGGGCCUCAGCCGAUGCAUCAUCAACCAUACAUGCCGUCCCCGGGUCCUACGAAUGGGCCUGGCGGCUAUCCCUCUCCGUACGGACCGUUCCCGCCGUAUAAUCCUGCCGACGCAAAGCACCCACCCCCGCUGCCGCCUCGCCCCAUGCCCGGGCCGUACGCCCCCAUGGCGCCGAUGCCCACGGGCUUCGGGUCCGGGCCUCCAGGCGCCGCCGCGUACCCACCGCCGCCCAAGACCAUGUACCCUCCCAGGCCGCACCUGCCGCCGCCGCUGCCCCCGCGUAACGGGUCCGCCGGCGGCAGCCUGUUCAGCAGCGCGUCGGCCAAGAAGUGGCUCGACAAGACGAGCCAGGUGCUGGAGAGUAAGCUCGAAGCCGUGUUGCAGGGUCCGCCGGGCCCGCCUCACCGGCCGGCGUAUACGGGCCAACCGCCGCCACAGCAGUACCACCAGUAUCACCAACAGCAGCAGCAGCACGGCUCGAGGGGGCCGCCGGGGCCGCAGUACGGGUAUGGACCCGGGGGACCGCCCGGCCCAGGUGGAUACGCUGCCGGGCCGUGGGGACCGCCACCACCUGGGCCAGGGGGGCCGGCGCGGUACGCAUGAGAGAGUCGCAUUCGGAAGUGCAUUGGAACAAGGAGACGAUGGCACGCUCGUCGUAUAUGCGGUGUGCCGCCUCACAUUCUAUUUUCGGGGCAGUCUGCUGUCGGUGUACAGUCAGUCACACACGGGAGGUUCUCAUGGGUGAGCGGGCUCGCGUAGGCUGGGCCAUGCGGCGCACGAGCGUAGGGGACGGAAGGCGUGCUUCUUUCUCAGUGGUCAUUGCAUAGUCCCUGGCGUUGGUUUGCCGGAUCGACGGCCUGCAUAUUAGGGGUAUACCAGCCGCAUCUAUACUUGAUAUAAUACAAGUGCUGUUUGCAACAAA